UGUGCGAUCAGAGCGAUCUAAGAUGGCGACGGUGGAACCGGAAACCAUUUCUAACCCUCAGACUUCAGAAGAAGAGAAAACUGAGAAAACUGAGACACCAGCAAGUCAGGAGAUUGUGAGUCCUGAAACAUACGUUAAGCAUCCAUUACAAAACAGGUGGGCACUCUGGUUCUUUAAAAAUGACAAAAGUAAAACUUGGCAAGCAAAUCUUCGUUUGAUCUCAAAGUUUGAUACUGUUGAAGAUUUUUGGGCGUUAUAUAACCAUAUUCAGCUCUCUAGUAAUUUAAUGCCUGGUUGUGAUUACUCACUUUUUAAGGAUGGUAUUGAACCCAUGUGGGAAGAUGAGAAGAAUAAACGGGGAGGGAGAUGGCUAAUUACACUAAACAAGCAGCAGAGACGAAGUGAUCUUGAUCGCUUCUGGCUAGAGACACUGCUGUGCCUUAUUGGAGAAUCCUUUGAUGACUACAGUGAUGAUGUAUGUGGAGCUGUUGUUAAUGUUAGAACCAAGGGGGAUAAAAUAGCAAUAUGGACUACUGAAUGUGAAAACAGAGAUGCUGUUACACAUAUAGGGAGAGUAUACAAGGAAAGGUUAGGACUUCCUCAAAAGAUAGUGAUUGGUUAUCAGUCCCAUGCUGACACAGCUACUAAAAGUGGUUCCACCACUAAAAAUAGGUUUGUUGUUUAAGAAGACACCUUCAGAGUAUUUCAUAGGAGACUGCGUCAAGCAAUCGAGAUUUGGGAGCUGAACCAAAGCCUCUAUAAAAGCAGAGUGGACUGCAUUUAAAUCUGAUUUCCAUCUAAAUGUUGCUAAAUUUGUGAAACUCUCAUUUGCUUUGUCUUGUACUUCUGUUUACUUCCUCACCCCCCACCCCACCCCAUUUUUUGGCUGAAGGUAACCUUUUCCAAUCAAAGAAUUUCAGUGCAACAUUUGUCCCUCAAAUCCAUAUAUGUCUCUCUAACCCGUUCUCUGAUGCUUCUUAAGAAAAUUAUUAUAUUAAAAAAUGUCCUGAAAACAGUGCCAUUUCUACAGGGGAAUAAACUACUACUUUUUCAUCUUUUCACUGUAUGCAAUAACAUGUUUUGCUGGUUUGAAAGAAAAGUAUGAUGCAUACAUUUUUCUAGCAAAUCUUUCUUUAUACAGCAUGAUCAUUGCUGUAAUUGAUGCUGAUGGCUGCUAGAUUUAAUUUAUUUGUUUCCCUUUUCUGAUAACAUUAGUGAUAUUCUGAUUUCAGUUCUUGCUCAUGUAACAUUGGUGAAGGAUCUGGGAAUAUGACAAAAGGUUUAAUAAACAUAAUUUUGUGCAUUCUAUGGUAAUUAUUUUGUAAUAUCAAAGCUUUGCUACAAAUUUCAUGCAUUUCAAGUCAAAUCAGUGAUAUGUUUGUGUGAUUUCCUGAACAUAAUUGUGGAUUUUAAAAAAUGUUAACACCAGAAUUACAUUCCUUACUAGAAAUAGUAUUCCUGUUUUUUGUAUCUUAUGCUGUAUUUUAACACUUUGUAUUCCUUAGGUUAAAUUUUGCUUUGGUUUAAGUACGGCUCAAAUAGAAAAGCAGUCCCAUUCAUAUUAAGACAGUGUACAAAACUGUAAAUAAAAUGUGUACAGUGAAUUGUCUUUUAGACAAGUAGAUUUGUCCUUUUAUUUCAUUAUACUGAAGUGCUUUGUACUACUUUUGACAAGAUAGUCUCUGUUGUGGCCUCUGUUGUAGUGUAUAUUCUAGAAAAGGAUAAGUCUUAAACUACAGUGAAUUCAAAACCUGGAUUUGAAUUACAUAGUAUUAUAUCCAUAUGCAAUUCUUUGCUGUGGUUAUAAUUAGUAUUAAUAUGCUCCAUGUAUUGUUUAACUGCCAGGCUAGCAUCUCUAGAAACCAAAUGGAUAUCUCAAAGUGCGCCUGGAGCAGCAAAUGAAUAACAGCAACAAAACCCUCUGGUUCUUGCUAAAUUUGUGGGGAGGGGUAUAAAUUAGUCUAUUACACAUUUAUUUUGAGAAAUGUAGCAAAAUGUUAUUCUGGCACUUAAUGCAGUUGUUGAGAAAGUGGCAGAUUAAAAUUUAUUUAAAGGAGAUAUUCCAAAAUUGUCAAUUUUAGUGUAAAAUGUAAUGGUCGGAUGAUAUCAUAUUUCCUACACUGAGAGUGAGAUAUGAGGAAGUCUCAAAGACUUUUAGCUGGCCUAUAGCUAAAUGUUUUUGCCUGAAUAUUACCCAUCAAGGCAGUUUUGCUGUCUCCCUGACUUUAGCUAUAUUACCUUGGAAUAUUUGCGUCCUUUGCUAUAAAUGUGUUAGAAAUUUUGCCUAGUUAUCCUGAUUUUUGCCUUUUGAUUCUUGCAGUUUAUCUAGCACUAACCCAAAUAGCAUUUUGUGUAAAAACUGAUGCUGUAUUCUUGCAGUUAAUACUUCCCCUUAUAAUAAACAAAACAGCUCUUGUAUUAAAGCAAA